CAACCUUAAGACCCAGCUGAUAGCAAGAACUACGGCAUCAGAGCAAUGCCGUUUACAGCAGCUCUUCAACACUGAAGAGCUGGGUGAUAGGAAGCUGUUUCAGCUGCUUAGAAGAAUGCAACAACUCCUUGGAGACAAAGCAGCAACGGCAGACACUGCUUUCUACGGGAGUUAUUUUUUACAAAGAUUACCCCAAUGUGUGAGAAUGGUUCUAGCUUCUGCUGGAGGCUCUCAGUCUUUAGAAGAACUGGCAGACCUUGCUGAUAAAGUAAUGGAUGUAGCUACACCAGCAAGAACGUCAGAGAAGAACAGUCAAGAACAUCAGAGAAGAACAGUCAAGACAUCAUCAGAAGACACAGAGAAGAACAGUCAAGAACAUCAUCAGAAGACAUCAAAAGAACAGUCAAGAUCAUCAAAGAACACCAGAGAAGAACAGUUGAGUCCUGUGGGAAAGAAGAGAGAGGAAAAAUUUAUUUAA